AUGACUCUUCCCCGUGUCUCUCCCCAGGGCUCCUCAGACAACAUAAAGAAAGUGAUGAGAAGGGAGAAGAACCGUAUCGCUGCCCAGAAGAGCAGGAUGAGACAGACCCAGAAGGCAGACAGUCUACACCUGGUGAGGAGGACUACCCACAAUGCAACACACCGAUGCAUGUCUGGCUAUGAGUUAGGAGGACUACCCACAAUGCAACACACUGAUGCAUGUCUGGCUAUGAGUUAGGAGGACUACCCACAAUGCAACACACUGAUGCGUGCGCCAUGUCUGGCUAUGAGUUAGGAGGACUACCCACAAUGCAACACACCGAUGCGUGCACCAUGUCUGGCUAUGAGUUAGGAUGACUAUCCACCAGGCCCUGUGUAUGGCACCAUAUCCAAGUACGACUGGGCUUGGCAUUGGCAAUCUAGCAGUGAGUCUAUUGUGGCCUGAAUAAAAUAAAUACACAGUCUACCCAUGCAGUGUUCCCAAAACCUGCAUGGUGAAGUUGCAAACUUUGGCAGGUCACCCCAAAAGCCGAUUUAUAACCUCUAAAAGCCUGGUCCCAGAUCUGUUGUCUCCUUCUAUAGCCUGGUCCCAGAUCUGUUUACAUUUUACAUUUUAGUCAUUUAGCAGACGCUCUUAUCCAGAGCGACUUACAUGAGCAAUUAGGGUUAAGUGCCUUGCUUAAGGGCACAUCGACAGAUUUUUCACCUAGUCGGCUCAGGGAUUAGAACCAGCGACCUUUCGGUUACUGGCACAACGGUUACUGGCACAACGCUCACUAAGCUACCUGCCGCCCGUUGUCUCCUUCUAUAGCCUGGUCCCAGAUCUGUUGUCUCCUUCUAAGCCUGGUCCAAGAUCUGUUGUCUCCUUCUAUAGCCUGGUCCCAGAUCUGUUGUCUCCUUCUAAGCCUGGUCCCAGGUCUGUUAUCUCCUUCUAUAGCCUGGUCCCAGAUCUGUUGUCUCCUUCUAAGCCUUGACCAAGAUCUGUUGUCUCCUUCUAUAGCCUGGUCCCAGAUCUGUUGUCUCCUUCUAAGCCUGGUCCCAGGUCUGUUAUCUCCUUCUAUAGCCUGGUCCCAGAUCUGUUGUCUCCUUCUAAGCCUGGUCCCAGGUCUGUUAUCUCCUUCUAUAGCCUGGUCCCAGAUCUGUUGUCUCCUUCUAUAGCCUGGUCCCAGAUCUGUUGUCUUCUUCUAUAGCCUGGUCCCAGAUCUGUUGUCUUCUUCUAUAGCCUGGUCCCAGAUCUGUUGUCUCCUUCUAUAGCCUGGUCCCAGAUCUGUUUGUGCUCUUGCCAACUCCAUUGCUCAUUGUCAAGCCAAACAAGGAGUGGGCAUGAUAGCACAAACAGACUGGCACUCAGGCUACAACAAGUCAGUAACAGACUGGUUAUGUAGUAAUCAGACAGCCAGACGGAUCAGACUGGUUAUGUAGUAAUCAGACAGCCAGACGGAUCAGACUGGUUAUGUAGUAAUCAGACAGCCAGACGGAUCAGACUGGUUAUGUAGUAAUCAGACAGCCAGACGGAUCAGACUGGUUAUGUAGUAAUCAGACAGCCAGACGGAUCAGACUGGUUAUGUAGUAAUCAGACAGCCAGACGGAUCAGACUGGUUAUGUAGUAAUCAGACAGCCAGACGGAUCAGACUGGUUAUGUAGUAAUCAGACAGCCAGACGGAUCAUUGAUUAUUGAUUUACUAGGCCGGGGGAACACAGCGGAGCUUUAUUUUCAAGUCCUUCAAAUCGCAGGGACCAUUUACCCAGUGAACCACUAUGAUAAGGUUAUAAAGAAGAAACUGUGUUGUUGAAAUCUGUGUUGGUCUGUGUUGAUUGGUGUUGAUCUGUGUUGAUCUGUGUUGGUUGGUGUUGAUCUGUGUUGGUUGGUGUUGAUCUGUGUUGGUUGGUGUUGAUCUGUGUUGAUCUGUGUUGGUCUGGUGUUGGUCUGUGUUGAUCUGUGUGGGUCUGUGUUGAUCUGUGUUGGUCUGUGUUGAUCUGUGUUGGUCUGUGUUGAUCUGUGUUGGUCUGUAUGAGAUGAGAUUGACAAAGUGCUGAUGGACCAUGUGGUGAUGUGUCAUCGUGGCUUCUGUUGGGCUCAACACUUAGGGUUAAUCCCAAAUGGCACCAUAUUCCCUAUAUAGUGCACUACUUCUGAUUCUGAUACCUAUGAGCCCUGGUCAAAAUAAAUGCACUAAAUAGGGAAUAGGUUGUAUUUGGGACGCAACCGUGGCCAGAUCUCUGCCUGUUUGUGUUUGCUGCGGUGCUGAGUAUUCAUUAUCACAUGUGGGGGCAUCAGAAUGAUUACUAAUAAUUAUUACACUGAAUGUUAAUAUCAAAAAAUUUGUUUUCCCAGUUUUUUUCCUAUCUGCUGUGGUAGUUCUAUGUAGCAGACUAGCAGAAGCAAUACGACUCUACACCCGUUGUUCUCUGAAGCAGACUAGGUCUGCAUCCCCAAAUAGCACCCUAUUCCCUAUGUAGUGCACUACUUUUGACCAGGGCUCUGGACAAAAGUAGUGCACUUCAUAGAGGAAUAAGGGGGUUAUUUGGGAUGCACUUAGCAGCAGUAAUACAGCAGGUCAUACAAGCACGUGACUGGAGGUAUUUCAGGUGUAGUCAAAGUGAAAAGAACACAAUCACUUUCAUUUCAACGUCUCUUUCUGUUCAUUGACUGGCUGGGUUUUAGUCACUGACUUUCACUGCUGUCGCUCUGUAAAGUCUAGUAGAGAACACCUAUUUCCGUUUGUAGAAGCUACAAAUACAUUUAGUCUUAGCGGUUAGUGUUGCUGAAGAGAGGUAGUGUUUAUCAAUGGGACACCAUGCAGUUCUGAAGAGAGGUAGUGUUUAUCAAUGGGACACCAUGCAGUUCUGAAGAGAGGUAGUGUUUAUCAAUGGGACACCAUGCAGUUCUGAAGAGAGGUAGUGUUUAUCAAUGGGACACCAUGCAGUUCAGCUGAGGACACUUUCUUCAUAAGGUCUAUGGUGUCAUGUCAAAAUCAAUGCAUUUAGAGCUUCUAGAAGACAUCUGUGCAACUCUUAACUCUUGAGGAAAUAUGUCUGUAUUUAAUAGAAUGCUGGUCGAACAUAGUUUUUUUUCAGUAGUUUAGAAAGACAAUUUCGUUAAUCUACAACAAUUUAACAUUGUAUUUUUCUUUGAUGUCUUUUGCUCUGAGGUCCCCAUGUACGUAUAUAAAUGUUCCAUUACAGUGUGGGCCUGCACAUUAUCAGGGCCAGAUGUUCAGGGUUUAAGGUACGAGCUCUGCGUAUCCGUGGGUGAUCAUGGCCUUUCACUCCCAGAGGUGUGGGGAACAAAACAGGUUAGAUAGAAUCGUUCCACUGUGUUCCUUUAAAGGUCGAGACAGGGCCAGGGUUAGAGGAGGCCUGGGUAAACCCCAGCGCUCACGUCACUUAUCCUAACAACCCACUGACACGGAUCCUUUACCAGAAAUGACAGACGUUCUCUCCCCUCCUGCCCACGGCUACUACUAAACCUUAUUUACACAGGAGAGAGAGAGAGAGAGAGACUACUACUCAGGAAACAGGAAACGUGUCACAGUGAGGGAAAAUUCAACUUCCUGUUUAUCAAGCGAGUUGAAGAAACCAUAAAACCACAGAAUAUGCUUAGACUAACACGCCCUGUGAUGAGGCCUGGGGUGAGCCAACAUUGGUCCGUCCCCCUCUAACACGCUCUGUGAGGGAGGGCUGAUGAAUAAGCCGCCUCACAGAACUAGAGCAGAUGGUUUACAUAGAAGAAUCACAUAGACUGGAUCUACCAACCACCACCACCCACGUACUGGGUUUCCACAAAGGUCAUUGACUCUGAAAUCUAACCAGAUCUGAUGGUGGAGUUCAGAAGAAAAACGCCUUGCUGCACGAAAAGAUUAGAAGAUUAUUUGUUGACAAAUGAAUGACAGCAGCAGGGGGGAUUUCUUUUGAAUCAUUUUUCCCAUCAAAGCUGAAGUUACAGAAAGACUGAUGAUGCGUUGGUUGUUUAAACGAUGACCUGAGAUGUAAUCCAUGUAACCUAGGGUCGAACCAUACAGGUCAUUGGCAUUCAGCAUAGCAGUGCCACAAAAUAGUUUAAUUGUAUUUUCACUGUACAGAGAAGAAUUCAUACUGAAAUUUCAGUUGUGACCAUUUGAUAAUUAGGUCAUCAGCUUCAUUCAUUUAUUUAUUCAGUUUGACUGAUUCCUAUUAACUGUCUGCCAAAUACGAAUGAGCCUCCCCCGAGUCUAGUCUGUAAGUCGCUCUGGACAAGAGCGUCUGCUAAAUGACUAAAUGUAAUGUGUAAUGUAUUCCUUGCAGGUUCUCUUUAGGGAGUUUCCUUGUACGUGCUCAGCUGCUCUUGGCAGGCUGGGUUACUGUAAAGCAGGCUGGGUUACUGUAAAGCAGCUGGUUACUGUAAAGCAGGCUGGUUACUGUAAAGCAGGCUGGGUUACUGUAAAGCAGGCUGGGUUACUGUAAAGCAGGCUGGGUUCGUAAAGCAGGCUGGGUUACUGUAAAGCAGGCUGGGUUACUGUAAAGCAGGCUGGGUUACUGUAAAGCAGGCUGGGUUACUGUAAAGCAGGCUGGGUUACUGUAAAGCAGGCUGGGUUACUGUAAGCAGGCUGGUUACGUAAGAGGCUGGGUACUGUAAGCAGGCUGGGUUACUGUAAAGCAGGCUGGGUUACUGUAAAGCAGGCUGGGUUACUGUAAAGCAGGCUGGGUUACUGUAAAGCAGGCUGGGUUACCGUAAAGCAGGCUGGGUUACUGUAAAGCAGGCUGGGUUACUGUAAAGCAGGCUGGGUUACUGUAAAGCAGGCUGGGGUUACGUAAAGCGGCUGGGUUUAAAAGCUGGGUUACCAAGCAGGCUGGGUUACUGUAAAGCAGGCUGGGUUACUGUAAAGCAGGGUGGGUUACUGUAAAGCAGGCUGGGUUACCGUAAAGCAGGCUGGGUUACUGUAAAGCACUUUGUAAUACCCAGUGAUGUAAAAGGGCCUUUAUACAUACAUUUCAUUGAUUGAUUGGUUCCUAUUGUUUCAGGAGAGUGAGAACCUGGAGAAGGAGAACACAGCUCUGAGGAAGGAGGUGAAGAGACUAACAGAAGAGGCCAAGUAUCUCUCCUCCGUCCUGACUACCCAUGAGCCUCUCUGCACCGGCCUGCCCCCCCAGAUGACCCCUGACCUCCUCUACUCCCCUCAUCAUCACUCCGUCUCCCCCCACCACCACGGGAGCAGUGUUUUCCACCACCAGCACAGCAUCGCUGUGUCGCACUACCAGCACUGA